AUGGCGGCCAAGAUUUGCAUCGCUGUAUUUCUUGUGAUUUGCUUCGCAUAUUCAACAGAUGCGGCGGUGAACUGUACAACCAUCGGUCGUUUUGCCGAACCCACCGACACAACUUGCAAGAAUUACACACUCUGUGUACGUUCCGGUACUACUUUUAUAGGUUACGACUACGUGUGUCCUACGACAUCGCUGUUCAAUCCAAACAUACAACAAUGCACCACGAACUACGUAUGCAACGUGACAAAUACUAAUACCACGACAUCUGUGUGCACCUCUGAAGGCUUCAUCGCUGAUCCGAACUCAACGAAUUGUUCGAGUUAUAUACUAUGCCUAAAUGAAAACGGCACUUUCGUAGAAGGGGAAACAUUGAGCUGUCCAAAUGGCACAUUUUAUAAUCCUAAUACGACCUUGUGUGAAACUGACUACAACUGUACAAGUACAACACCGUUCUCAUGUUCUUCGGCAGGAAGAUUCAGCGAUCCCGCAGAUACAACAUGUAAAUUGUAUUACUUGUGUGUGUUAGCAUCAAAUGGAACCUAUGUAGAGUACCAGUACACUUGUCCCUCUACAUCACUAUUUAAUCCAAACACUCGUUUUUGCACAACCUCUUACACUUGUCCCUGA